GACACAACUCACCUUCCCAUCACACAUAUUUUUAGUCCCACAAAUAUCAUCAACCCCAUUUUUGAUGGUGGUACCCCAUAUGCCUCUGUUCUUGACUUUAUCAUUUCCAGAUUACGAUCUUGUCUUCUUUUGUUCUCUCUCUCUCUCUCUCUCUCUCUCUCUCUCUCUCUCUCUCUCACUUUCCUAUCUGGUUAGUCAUGCUACCCUUAAUUUGCCAAUAACUGUUUAUAUAUCUUAUUUACCUGUUAUUAACAAUAUCAUUUCAUCAAUUAAUUUUUACCAUAUGGGUUUGAAUUCUACAAGGCUUCAUAAUUAUUCCUGACUACUGUUUUCAGGUUCUGAUUCCAUGCCGAAAAAUUCAUUGCCAGUUUCUCUUCAUAUAUGGAAGUGAUGAGCUGAUCAAGAGUAUUCUUCCAUUAAAGUAGCUCACACACACACACACAUAUAUAUAUACAGACACACACACAUAUAUAUAUAUAAGAAUGGAGAAGGAAGAAACCUACUCGGUACAACUUUGCUUAUUGUCUCCACUGCUGUUUGCAUGUUUUUUUUUUGUUGACAGAUCUUUUCAUCUCACCAUCUUGUUUUGUUUCUCCAAACCUCAUAAUUUUUCGCAGGCCAGUUUUACAGGCCUUGUAGAUUACUCUCUAGAUCACAACAACCAGCAACUCCACCACCAUCAUCAUCAUCAUCAACAACAACAGUUCAUAAAGCCGCAAAUAAUCGGGGAAACAUCUGGUGAUCAUAACGACGGCGGAAUGAUUGAUUAUAUGCUGAUGAAUAAUCUCCAUACACAACAACAACAACAACAACAACAGCAACAAUUAUCUCAUGGGUUUUGUACUUCGAUUUCUUUCGAUAAACUAAGCUUCGCUGAUGUGAUGCAGUUUGCAGAUUUUGGACCCAAGUUAGGGUUGAGUCCAACCAAGGUCCCUGAAGAAGAAACUGGGAUUGACCCAGUUUACUUCCUCAAGUUUCCAGUCUUGAACGAUAAGUUAGAAAAUCAUCAGUUGUUAAUGGCGGCUGGCCCAUCUGGAGGAGAUACUGAAGAGAAUAAGUUUAAAGGAGCGGGAAGUACUGGAAAUAGGGCAGGAGUAGUGCUGUUACCCCAUGAAGAUAACAAAGAAGGUAGAGAAGAUCAGGAGGAAGAAGCUAGGGUCUCUAAGAAAAAUUCGGUGCAACAACUCCAGUUUCUUGGAGAUCAAGAUCAUGAUAAUAUCCAAAACAAGAACACUGUAAAUGAAGGGAAGAAUAAGAGAAAAAGACCAAGAACUAUCAAGACGAGCGAGGAAGUUGAGAGCCAGAGAAUGACUCAUAUAGCAGUUGAAAGAAAUCGAAGGAAGCAGAUGAAUGAACAUCUUCGUGUUUUAAGGUCUCUAAUGCCAGGCUCUUACGUUCAAAGGGGAGAUCAAGCAUCGAUUAUUGGAGGAGCAAUAGAGUUUGUGAGAGAACUAGAACAACUUCUCCAAUGUCUAGAAUCUCAGAAACGCAGAAGACUCCUUGGAGAAGCUCAAGUAAGACAAAUGGGGGAUUCGAGCUCCAUGACCGGCGUCCAACAGCCGCCAUUGAUCUUCCCAGCUCCUUUACCUCAGCUCCCUACUGAUCAAAUCUUUGAUGCUGGAAUCCGGGAGGAGACGGCCGAAAACAAAUCUUGCUUAGCAGAUGUGGAGGUCAAAGUUUUAGGGUUUGAUGCCAUGAUCAAGAUCCUCUCAAGAAGAAGACCAGGCCAGUUAAUUAAAAUCAUAGCAGCCUUAGAGGAUUUACAGCUCAACAUCCUCCACACCAACAUCACAACUAUUGAACAAACCGUUCUCUAUUCCUUUAAUGUCAAGGUUGGAAGUGAAACGAGGUUUACAGCAGAAGAUAUAGCGAGCUCGGUUCAACAGAUAUUCAGUUUUAUUCAUGCAAACAGUGGAAUGUGAAAGUGUAAUUUUUUUCAGUUGAUCGUUACACACAUAUAUAUAUACAUAUUAUUUAUUAGAUAAGAUUAUAUCAAUUAUUUGUGUCAAGAUAAGGCGAUGAUAUUUUUUUCACUAUAUUGAUUUGGUAUCUUUUUUCUUUCUGUUGGGUUUGGAUUGAUGUACUGACAUUUUUUUUUCUUGCAAAAACAUAUGUAUAAUAAGAUAAAUAAAUACA